GAGUCAUGCUUGUCUUCGUCACUGUAGGGUCGACCCGCUUUGACGCGCUGGUCCAGGCUGCGCUGUCAGACCACGUUCUUACUGCUCUCAGUAAGGCUGGAUAUACCACCGCCGUUAUUCAAUGUGGAAACUCGGACUUUGCGCAUGCUCAUUCGAUACAGAAUGGAGGAACCUUGAAUACCCAGCAACAAAAUGUCACCGUUGAAAUGUAUAAAUUCAAGCCGUCAUUGGAGUCAGACUAUGAACGAGCAGAUCUGGUUAUCAGUCAUGCAGGCUCGGGAACGAUUCUCGACGUCCUUCGGCUGGGCAAGCCUCUCAUUGUCGUUCCCAAUCCAACUCUACUAGAUAAUCACCAAGAGGAGCUGGCGACAGCCUUGGAAGAGCUGGGCCAUCUGAGAUCUUCAACAGUGUCGGAUCUUGCCCACACUAUCGAAACAUUCGACAGAUCAGCAAUCGUCGAAUUUCCACCUCACGACCCAAGCAGAUUUCGCCGCCUGCUGGACGAAGAGAUGGGGUUCUGAGCUCAGCUUUGUACUCGAUACAAACAAUGACC